AUGACUACGAGCCUCACGCCGCUGGAACGUGCCCUUAUGGCCUCUUUGUCGCCUCCAAAGUUCCGCGACGUGCACCUGUAUGCAUUCAGCAGGCGCACAGUCUACUCUGACGGCUCGAUACGAGUCGACCAUCCGCUUCCGAUUGCCGUCAUCGGAUCGGUCUUGAAGAACACAGAGCACUUCGAAAAGUUGCUAGGGUCCGGCUUCGCCGAGAGUGACAAGUCACACAACGCCACUGUCCGCCAAUACGCCUACGAAAGCGAGUAUGACUACGAAACAGACAGCGACCUGGACGAGUUCGAGGGUUUUGAUCCACCGCCGGAGCCUCUCUCCGGUCCGUCGAUCAAGGGAAAGGAGAAGUCCAACGCCGAAGGGAGCGAAGUCGUUCAUGGAGAGCCCUCAGUUGAACUCGAACACCGUAUACUCCUCCCAAACAUGGCGUACCGCACGCUCAAAGCUUGUAUCUUCUAUCUGUACACCGGCAAGGUGAACUUUUUACCCCUCAAGUCACAAGGCCAGCAGGACAGGGAGUUCUCUAUGCUCACCGCGGCGGACUGCUCUCCACCAAAAUGCUCACCGAAGUCAAUGUACCGCCUAGCAGAAGCGUAUGGCAUCUCGGACCUACAAGGCCAUGCCUACCAAGAGAUCAUAUCGCGUCUCAAACCUGAGAAUAUCGUCGAAGAAGCUUUCACGAGUUUUUUCGCCAGAUACGACCGUCUGCGUGAAGAUGCCGUGUCGGUUCUUUCGACCCACUACUCGAAGCCAAUGGUACAAAAGAUGCUGCCAGCCGUCAUUCAGAGGGUCGUGCUUGGGGAGCUUCCCCACGCCGGGGAAACUUUGGUGUCUCUUCUUGGACUCCGG